GUGGGUGGGCCCAGCCGAAGCCACGCCCCACAAUGGGCGGGGAGAGGAAGGGGAGGGGCCUGUCCUGGCCACGCCCCUCGGCGCGCGCCGGCGGUGCCGGCCCGACCCACGGCCAUGGCGCCGCCGGAGGGGCUGCCGUAGCGGUGCCAGCAUGGAGCAGCCCGGGGGCCGCCCCCCCAUCCCCGCAACACAGGACGCCAUCGUCUUCUCCGACGCGGCAUCGCCUGCGGGGACCCCCGGAGCCCCCAACCCGCCGCCCGCAGAUGUCUUCUGGGCCAGCCUGGUGCAGGCCCAGAUGUGCGUGUGGGACCUGCAGGGCGCCAUCGAGGGGACGCGCGGUGGGGACGGGCGCCACGAUGGGUCCCGACGCGGGGAUGUUGAGGGGAGCGGGGGGUCCGGGGUCUCGUUGCAGGGUGUGGGGUCCUGUGGGGUCUCGGCCCGAUCCGUCGCCACGGAUGGGAGAACCUCGCCAAAGUUUGCGGCCGCCCGUGGCACCGAACCAACCGGAUCCAUCGCUGCGUUUGGGACGAGCUCCCAGGCUGCCCAUGGGGUCGGCUCGUGUGGGGUCAGCACACCCCAGUCCAUCCCCACGUAUGGGAGAACCUCUGCAAAGGAUGCGAGCUCCUAUGGGGUCGGCUCGUGUGGGGUCAGCGCAGCCGAAUCCGUCCCUACGUGUGGGAGAAGCUCUGCAAAGGAUGCGGCCACCUGUGGGAUCUCCUCAGCUGAGUGCAUCCCCACGUAUGGGGGAACCUCAAUGGAGGACGUGGGCACCUAUGGGAUCUCACCCCGAUCCACCCCUGGGUAUGGGAACCCCCCCCCAAAGGAUGCGACCGCCCAUGGGACCGCCUCCCAUGGGACCACCUCAACAGAACCCACCUAUGGGGGAACCUCCUCAGAGGACGUGUGCGUGUAUGGGGCCACCUAUGAAUCCAUCCCCACCUAUGGGGGAACCUCAGUGGAGGACACAGGCACCUAUGGGACCCCACCCCAAUCCAUCCCUGGGCAUGGGAACACCUCCCCAAAGGAUGCGACCGCCCAUGGGACCGCCUCCCAUGGGACCACGUCACCCCAAUCCAUCCCCACCUAUGGGAGAACCUCGCUGCAGGAUGUGGACACCUAUGGGAUCUCACCCCAAUCCAUCCCCACCUAUGGGAGAACCUCCCCAAAGGAUGCGGCCACCCAUGGGACCACCUCAACAGAACCCACCCCCAGCUGUGGGACAACCUCAAUGGAAGACACAGAUGCCUAUGGGAUCUCACCCCGAUCCAUCCCUGGGUAUGGGAACCCCUCCCCAAAGGAUGCGACCACCCAUGGGACCACCACAACAGAACCCAUCCCCACCUAUGGGAGAACCUCCACAGAAGAUGUGUCCAUGUAUGGGACCACCUAUGAAUCCACCCCCACCUAUGGGAGAACCUCAAUGGAGGCCGUGGGCACCUAUGGGACCCCACCCCAAUCCAUCCCCACGUAUGGGAACCCCUCCCCAAAGGAUGCAGCCACCUGUGGGAUCGCCUUAUCAGAGUCCAUCCCCACAUUUGGGGGAACCUCAGUGGGCGACACGGAUGUCUAUGGGGUCACACCUCAAUCCGUCCCCACGUAUGGGAGAACCACCCCAAAGGAUGUGAGCAGCCGUGGGACCACCUCAACUGAAUCCGUCUCCACCUGUGGGAGAACCUUGCUGGAGGACGCAGAUGUUUAUGGGAUCUCACCCCAACCCAUCCCCGCAUAUGGGAACACCUCCCCAAAGGAUGUGAGCACCCAUGGGAUCACCUCAACAGAACCCAUCCCCACCUAUGGGAGAACCUCGAUGGAGAACGUGGACACUUAUGGGAUCUCGCCCCAAUCCAUAUAUGGGAGAUCCACCCCAAAGGAUGUGAGCACCCAUGGGAUCACCGCAACAGAACCCAUCCCCACCUAUGGGAGAACCUCAAAGGAGGAUGUGGAUGCUUAUGGGAUCUCACCCCAAUCCAUCCCCACUCCUGGGAGAACCUUGAUGGAGAACAUGGACCCCUAUGGGAUCUCACCCCAAUCCAUAUAUGGGAGAACCACCCCAAAGGACAUGAGCACCCAUGGGAUCACCGUAACAGAACCCAUCUCCACCUAUGGGAGAACCUCGAUGGAGGACGUGGACCCCUAUGGGAUCUCAUCGCAAUCCAUAUACGGGAGAACCACCCCAAAGGAUCUGAGCACCCAUGGGAUCACCUCGCCCCAAUCCGUGCCCAUGGAUGGGAGCACCUUGAUGGAACCCCAGAGCUGGAGCUCCAUGUCUGAGACCACCUCCCCGAUGUCCCCCAUGGGUGGGAGCAUCCCACCCCACCAGCACGUGCCCACCUAUGGGAUCCUCUCACCCAAAUCCACACCCACCUUUGGGGCCACCUCCUCCGAUCCCACACAUGUGAAUGGGACCACCAUGUGGGGACGAGUUCCUAUGGAUGAGACCACCUCCCCCAAAUCCACACCUAUGGAUGGGACCACCUCCCCCAAAUCCAUACCUAUGGAUAAGACCAUCUCAUGGGGACGAGUUCCUAUAGAUGAGACCACCACCCCCAAAUCCACACCUAUGGAUGAAACCAUCUUAUGGGGACGAGUUCCUAUGGAUGAGACCACCACCCCCAAACCCACGCCUAUGGAUGGGACCACCACCCCCAAAUCCAUGCCUAUGGAUGAGACCACCUCAUGGGGACGAGUUCCAAUAGAUGAGACCACCACCCCCAAAUCCACCCCUAUGGAUGGGACCACCACCCCCAAAUCCAGGCUUAUGGAUGGGACCACCUCCCCCAAAUCCAUGCCUAUGGAUGAGACCACCUCCCCCAAAUCCAUGCCUAUGGAUGAGACCACCUCAUGGGGACGAGCUCCUACGGAUGAGACCACCACCCCCAAAUCCACGCCUAUGGAUGAGACCACCUCCCCCCAACCCACACCCAUGGGUGGUCCCACCUCCCCCCAACCCACACCCAUGGGUGGUCCCGCCUCCCCCAAGCUCAGUCCCAGAGAUGGGGCCCCCAAAUGGAGCAAGCAAGAGGAGGAGGAAGAGGAGGAGGAGGAGGAGGACGAAGAUGAGGAGGAAGAUGGUGAGGAAGAGGAGGACGUGGAGGAAGAGGAGCCCCACUUCCACACCAACCCUCUCUUCUGCGGGCUCUACAAACCACACCUGCAGAUCACCGAGGGGGACAUCGCGGCAGCCCCCACCAUGGGGGGCACCCAGGAGGUCACAGUGUCCACAAGAAGGGACAGUGAUGAGGACGGUGUGGCUGAGCGAGGUCUGGCGCUUUCUGGCCCCCUGGAUUCGACCCCGGCUGGGGGGCACCAGGACCCCCCCAGACUCCCAAGAGAAGGGGACUCGCCCCCCCCCAGCCCUGAGCACCCCAAAGAUUUGGCACCUUUGGGGGGAGACCCGGAGCCUCUCAGCCUCUCACACCCAGCUGCCCCAUAUCACCCUCAGAAGUCCCCCACCUCCCCACAUUCACCCCCCCAAAGCCCCCAAAUGUCCCCCCAUCACCUGCAGGGAGGGGGGCACCAGAACCCCCCCACCCCCCUGGAUUCCCCCCCCCACAGCUGA